AGCCAUGUUCGACUAUGACAAAAGCAAGGACAGUGGCCUCCCCAGCCAAGGACUCAGCUUCAAGUAUGGAGAUAUUCUCCACGUUAUCAACGCCUCCGAUGACGAGUGGUGGCAAGCAAGGAGGGUCAUGCUGGAAGGCGACAGUGAAGAGAUGGGAGUUAUACCUAGCAAAAGAAGGGUGGAAAGGAAAGAGAAAGCACGUUUAAAAACAGUGAAAUUUAAUUCCAAGCCUGGCGUGAUCGAUGCCAAAGGGGAUUUCCCCGGAUUAGGGGACGACGGCUAUGGGACAAAGACUCUGAAGCAUCUCUCUUCUAAUGCCAGCGAUAGCGAAAGUAGCUACAGAGGACAGGAGGACUGCAUUCUCUCCUAUGAACCCGUUACACGGCAGGAAAUUAAUUACACCAGGCCGGUUAUUAUCCUUGGCCCAAUGAAAGAUCGGAUAAAUGAUGAUUUGAUAUCUGAGUUCCCUGACAAAUUCGGCUCCUGCGUCCCAC